CGUCUAAGCUUUGGGCGGAUUGAACCCAUCACAAAGGGCUCUUCGGUUUUCAAUCUCAUUACCACACAAUUUAGUGUGCUAUAUUGGGUUUCAAGCCCAGUUUAUUUUCGACUCCAAAAAUUUCAAAAGAUUUGCCAUUUUCCCUCGAACGGAAUUCAAACCUUCCGCCAACACGAAGCUGAGAGAGAGAGAGAUGAAGGAUAGCAACCAUCUGCAAACUCCACAGAAGGACCCCUCUGGUUCCGCCAAUCGCAGAUCGAAAUCCAUUCCCGAUCAAUCCAAAAAGCAUCCGAAAAAUGCGAAGAAGAGCUUGAAAUCCGAGUUCGACACGCUCCUGGAAGGUGCUGCCUUGUCUGAAUCGCCAAAGGAAUCUGCUGAUUUCUCUCUUAUUUCCGAAGUUGUUGAUGACUUUCAAUUUAGUGAAUCCACUGAGACCUUUGUUUUUCCACUGCAUUCAGAAGCUUCCACUCCAUCAGAGAAUAGCUUUCUCCAUGACCUCACCUCAGUAUCAUCUGGGGUUUCUUCUGACAUAUACACAGCUAGCACUGCUUCUUCAACCUAUCUGUGCCAGAGUGCUGAAGAAAAGACUCCCAUGGAGGCAGAAAUAGCAAUCAAGCAUCUAAGACAGGCACAAUUUCAGUUCACGAAAUCCGUUGACAUUGGUCUGCAGUCCAAGAGACUUGUGGAUGCUAUGGUGGAGGUUGUAGUGCAAGAGGUCUGUGGUUCGACCCGAGAGAAGAAUUGGUCUAACUCCUUUAUUUUGAAGAAGAUGUUCCUAUUGGUGUCACUGAUUUUCCCACUGGUCAUCCUUGCUGUUCUCUUCACUUCACUUGACACUUCCAGUGCAACACAGCCCUUCCUUGGUCCUUUGCCAACCUGAAUGGUCCACACAUUACAUGAUCAAGGAUUACCAGAGAAAUGUAAGUAAUGAGUACUAUCUUUUCCCCCUUGCAUGGAGUAUUCAAGUGCUUCUGAAUGGUGCUUGACUUUGAAAUAAUCUACAAUAAAUGGUCACUGAUAUU